GAGACAUCAUGUGGACAACAACAGUAUUCCCUCACCUCUGAUCUGCACAACAAGCUUGAGACAGAUGGUCACUUCUUGCACGGACGCUGUCAGCCGUUCAGUGUCCACAGAUGAGAGGAACGCACGCAUGAGUAGGAUGUCCUCAACACAGCAAAGACAGAGGGAACAGAUAUAACCCUCCACCUAGAAAACCAUACAAAGUGACAAAUAAGUAGCAGUCUUAUUUCUUCUCAUCACAGAUUGUAAUUCUGACAAGGAUAUGCCUCAUGUCCGGUGCAGGGCAGGAAAUGGUCUGAUUCACACACCUUUCACAUGAGCUUCCUGUUUCCUCAGCACUUACAUUCUAACAACAUGAAGCAUUCGUCACAUUCUUUCCUUGAAUGAAUGGAGCAAAGUCCUGUCCCAAUGGAAUACUGACAAUAUACUGGCUUGGUGUUGACUGUUGACGUAUGCUCCCAAAUGAGAUGAAACCAGGAAAACAACACGGUUACACGGAUGGCCUUAAUUGCUAAAUAAAAGCACGGUCAUUAUCCAGACCUAUUGAACUUCUGCUCCAAGAUGGCAGACCCCAGCUCACUCUUGGUCACUGAUGGGGCAGUGCAGAGGCAGGCUGAAGAGGAUCAAUAUAUCCUCUCUGGCUUGGCUGAAGUGGAUGCAUGUGAGUUGGGGUUCACUAGGAAGUAUGACCUCAUCCCAUCCAUCGUCUGCUCAGUAUGCCUUUUGUUAGGCCUAAUCUACUGCUUUUUUGGAUACCGCUGCUUUAAGAUGGUCAUGUUCCUGUCAGGCUUCAUGUUUGGAUCUGCGCUAGUCUGCCUGUUGUACCUUAAGGAGCCUGUGCUGGAUACCCAGUUGACUAUGGAGACCAAAGCAGGUAUCCUCCUGGGAGUGUCUGUACUCUGUGGCCUGGUGACUAUGCUGGUACAGACUGUGGGGCUCAUCAUUACUGGCCUAGAGCUGGGGUGUCUGCUCACCCUUGCCAACCUACUGGUUGUCAGACAGUUUUACAGCCUUACCCCACUAUGGGUGCCUCUCGGUGCACUCCUAGCCACGAGCACCUUUUGUGCCACUCUCACACUGCAGUGGCAGAAACUAUUCACUGUGCUCUCCACGGCUGCAGUCGGAGCCGCUGUGGUGAUGGCAUGCGUGGACUACUUUGUAGAGACAUCUCUGCUGGCUGGCCAUGCGUACGACAUCCUGUCUCAGGUUCCCCCUCGGCCCCUCUGCUGGUACAGCUGGGUUAUAACAGGCGCGUUUCCUCUAUUUAGUCUGAUGGGGGUAAUGGUGCAAUGGAUGCUCACUGCCAAAGGACUGUCCCACACAGAAGUACCUGUCAGUGGACGACAAAAACAGGUCCAACUGAUGCGAAUCAGACAGAGAGAUGCCCAGAGACGACCCCAGCUGGGCACUUACCGCCAUCGCAAGCCUCCAAUUCUAAAGCGUUAUGCUGGAGACGUCCUGGCCCCAAGUUACAUCCAGAGUCUUCGUGACCGCCAGAUGGGUACAGGCUCCUCUAGCAGCAGCAUCAUCAGCAACAGCACAGUCAACCACACCAUGAUAGACUUUGAGACAGGCUUCAUGGUUCCCCUGAAUGCCUCCUCCCUAGUCUACAGGGUCUAAGGGACAAACACCAAAUAGUAGGCAUCACCUCCCAGUUCCACUAAGGUGCCCAACACCUCUCUCCAGCAGACAAUUCAUAGACUGUUGUAAAAAGAAAAACAGACUGAUUCUUGAGACAAGAGAUUCAGCCAAGUAAUUCACCUUGUUGUUUUGUUUAUUAUUCUAUGUCUAAGGUAUCAGACAGUCAAUUGUAAUAUAACCAUUGAUCAUUCCUCAAUUAAAUAAGUUUGCUUUAUUUUGUUCAGUUUGCUAAUAUACAUUUUUGUGAAGAUAUCCAUUGUUACAGUUGUUAGGUUCCAAUUUUGAGUAAAUAACUCACGGACACUAGAGAAGCUUAACCAAGUUUAAUUCUUCCAGCUGUAAUUCAGACAAAAAACAUUUCACACAAGUAUUAAUAUUUAACCCUGUCUCCUAGGCUGAGUCUCCUCCUCCACAACUGAACAGCCAACGCAUCUCUGUUGCUAGACAGAACCUUAGUGAUAUCUGUUCUUCCUCACUUCAUCUAACCUCACCUCUACCCAAAGUGCUCACUCCUCCCCAACUCAAGGCUGUCAUGGUUAUUGAUACCAGACUGUGUCUCUUCUCCUCCCAGAGGAUCCCUGAUGCCUAACAAUAACAUAUCCUGACACAAUGUAAACAUUAUAAACUCAGCAAAAAAAAUGUCCCUUUAUCAGGACCGUGUCUUUCAAAGAUAAUUUGUAAAAAUCCAAAUAACUUCACAGAUCGUCAUUGUAAAGGGUUUAAACACUUUCCCAUGCUUGUUCAAUGAACCAUAAGUAAUUAAUGAACAUACACCUGUGGAACGGUCGUUAAGACACUAACAGCUUACAGACGGUGGGCAAUUAAGGUCACAGUUACGAAAACUUAGGACACUAAAGAGGCAUUUCUUCUCACACCGAAAAACACCAAAAGAAAGAUGCUCAGGGUACCUGCUCAUCUGCGUGAACAUGCCUUAGGCAUGCUGCAAGGAGGCAUGAGGACUGCAGAUGUGGCCAGGACAAUAAAUUGCAAUGUCCGUACUGUGAGACGCCUGAGACAGCGCUACAGGGAGACAUGACGGACAGCUGAUCGUCCUCGCAGUGGCAGAACACGUGUAACAACACCUGCACAGGAUCGGUACAUCCGAACAUCACACCUGCGGGACAGCUACAGGAUGGCAACAACAACUGCCCGAGUUACACCAGGAACGCACAAUCCCUCCAUCAGUGCUCAGACUGUCCGCAAUAGGCUGAGAGAGGCUGGACUGAGGGCUUGUAGGCCUGUUGUAAGGCAGGUCCUCACCAGACAUCACCGGCAACGACGUUGCCUAUGGGCACAAACCCACAGUCACAGGACCAGACAGGACUGGCAAAAAGUGCUCAUCACUGACGAGACGCGUUUUUGUCUCAUCAGGGGUGAUGGUCGGAUUCGCCUUUAUCAUCGAAGGAAUGAGCGUUACACCGAGGCCUGUACUCUGGAGCGGGAUCGAUUUGGAGGUGGAGGGUCCGUCAUGGUCUGGGGAAGUGUGUCACAGCAUCAUCGGACUGAGCUUGUUGUCAUUGCAGGCAAUCUCAACGCUGUGCGUUACAGGGAAGACAUCCUCCUCCCUCAUGUGGUACCCUUCCUGCAGGCUCAUCCUGACAUGACCCUCCAGCAUGACAAUGCCAACAGCCAUACUGCUCGUUCUGUGCGUGAUUUCCUGCAAGACAGGAAUGCUAGUGUUUUGCCAUGGCCAGCGAAGAGCUCGGAUCUCAAUCCCAUUGAGUAUGUCUGGGACCUGUUGGAUCGGAGGGUGAGGGGUAGGGCCAUUCCCCCCAGAAAUGUUCGGGAACUUGCAGGUGCCUUGGUGGAAGAGUGGGUUAACAUUUCACAGCAAUAACUGGCAAAUCUGGUGCAGUUCAUGAGGAGGAGAUGCACUGCUGUACUUAAUGCAGCUGGUGGCCACACCAGAUACUGACUGUUACUUUUGAUUUUGACCCCCCCUUUGUUCAGGGACACAUUAUUCCAUUUCUAUUAGUCACAUGUCUGUGGAACUUCUUCAGUUUAUGUCUCAGUUGUUGAAUCUUGUGUCGUGAUGUUGUAUUAGUUAAUGUGACAACUGUUGUUCAUCAAAUGAUUAAAGGUUUCUAAUUGCGUGAUUAAAUGAAUCAAGCAAUUAUUAACUCAUUAACCUGGGGCACCAUGGGAAAAUUAGUUUUAUUGAGUUUCUAUUUCCCAAAUUAACUCAAAGAAUAUCAGAAUAUCGAUUUUACAACAGUCACUAAUUAAUCAGUUUCCUCUACAAUCUCAUUCUGAACGUCGCAUUAUCCGGGAAUCUGCACGGACCCGGGUCCCACCAAUGAGUUCGUACCACACAAGUUGAUUAUUAGUUGAUUAUUUAUUUUCUAGAAAGCUAAAAUGAUGAUAACAUAUACACAUACAUAAAACACAGUCUAGGCUAUUGAUUAGAACAUAGUAUAACGUCACCCAAAAUGGGUGCUUGAUAGGGGUCUUCUGAGGACAGACAGCUCUGUAGCUCAGAGCUCACAGCGUAGGAAUGAAACAGUGUAAAUACCACGAUUAGAUGGAGAGUGGAGGCUAGGUGGUCCGGCUUGAAUUCACCCGCUUAGACACAGCUACUCAUCAGUAGCAUGGGUAGAAAAAGAUUUCUUUGUCUUCAACCUUGGGUUGAGUUUUGGGUUAGUUGACUUUUUAGACCUCGGCUGCAGCUUGGGUCACUUAGUCUGAUCUGUUCAUUCUUAACUCACAUGUCUUAUACCCUCGGGUAAGAAGUGGGCGUAACCACCUUUAGGGCAAUUCUCUGGGUGUACCAAGUUAAGAGGCAAGUUCUAGAUUUUACUCAAAUCCAAUUUUAGACAACUAACUUCACAUUUCAUCUUUACCAAAACAUUCUCUUUGAUUUGGACAUUUUCCACACAACGUACAAUGUAUAAACAUCAAGCAUAUCCUAGGAAAACUCUUACAGUUACAAUGUUUACGUAAUAACGUCAUCUAUUAACCUUUAAUAACAAAACAAAAAAUGACAUACAUUUUCAUAUUCCAUCUAUCGUCAUGACCACCAUUGUAGUUGACGGAAAUCAUUGUUCCAAAGUCCCUUUAUUGCAUGUUUAAUGUUCUGAGGCUGGUUCUCCAUAGUGAGAGGACAAAGAAAUGUUGUCUGUGGCCAAAGAUUUACUAUGGGUGUGAGAGGUCAUAAAACCCCCACAUCUUCAGACCCCUAGAUCUCUCCUCCUCUGUUGGGGGUGAGAGAUAAUCUGUAGGGUUGUGGUCUCCUGUAACCUGACCUGAUCAAGACAGUCAUGACACUUGUUAUGUUCAUACAAAUAUUUACACAUGUUAAGUUUGCUGAAAAUAAACGCAGUUGACAGUGA